CUUAUAUAAUUAGCUGUCCUAAAAUGGUUUUAUUAGAUUUUCAGUUUGCAAAUUAAACCAUAAAAAAUAACAUUUGCCAUUGUGGCAUGAGUUUCAUGUAUACUUAUUACCACCAAUGAUAAAUAGUAAUUGUUUUGGGAUUUCUAAUUAUUAAUAGUAUUAAAAUUACAUUUUGUUAAACAUUCUAUUAAACUUAAAGUAGUUCUGUUCAAUCCAAUUUCGUUCAACAAAUUAGGAUAGUAGAACAAAUAAAUUGUCAAAUGACAUAUGAAUUGCAGAUGGUAAAAUAUUUGUGACCUCGCAGAGAAGAUGAAAGUAUCCCUUAAAAUUUGUAAGAAAUAAAUCAAUUGUACAGUUUUUGUGAAAAUUCAGACAUUACAACAGGUCUGUUUGAUUAGUUGCUCAUUAAUAAACUUUUGUAUCAAAAUUGUAUACUCAUCGUAUAUAUGAGAAACCGCCACACUUGACCGUUGUCCGAAAAGUAUAGCUGCAGAGAAACAAAGAAUUCGAAAGGAAAAAAACAGAAGGAAAAAAUGGCGAAGACAGUAGUGGGAAGGAUGAAGCUUGGAACACAAGGUCUGGAGGUAUCAGCACAGGGACUUGGCUGCAUGAACAUGACGGCUUUGUAUUUAUAUGGUCCACCUCCUAAGCCUGAAUCCGAUAUGAUCUCUCUCAUUCACCAUGCUAUCGACUCUGGCAUCACCUUCUUCGACACUUCUGAUGUUUAUGGUCCCUUCACCAACGAAAUCCUUCUCGGAAAAGCUGUCAAUGGAGGAGUGAGAGACAAAGUACAAAUCGCCACUAAAUUCGGCAUCACCAUAACCGACGGCAACAAUAUGGGGGUUUCAGGCGAUCCUCAGUAUGUAAGAGAAGCUUGUGAAGCAAGUCUCAAGAGGCUUGGAGUUGAUUGCAUCGAUCUUUAUUAUAAGCACCGGAUUGACACCCGGGUCCCCAUUGAAAUCACGGUGGGGGAGCUCAAGAAACUAGUUGAAGUGGGUAAAAUAAAAUACAUUGGUCUAUCUGAGGCCUCUGCUGCAUCAAUAAGAAGAGCUCAUGCUGUUCAUCCUAUAACAGCUGUGCAGUUAAGAGUGGCCGUUGUCGUGAAUAGAUGCCGAGGAUGAAAUAAUUCCUACCGG